AUUGAUUUCCCUUUACUAUAUUCUCACAAAUAUUCCAACUUCAUUUCUCAUGUAACAACUAUCUAGCAAGUUGCACUUUUCAAAAGGUAACCAGCUUUGCUAGACAGUCCCCACUCUCAUUCAUUGUCACACACAAUAAAUCAAACAAUAAUACUCAUCUUUUUGUUAUUAUCAUUAACUUUUGUGUUUUGGAAACACAAAAAAUAUUAUAUUCACAAAAUUGUGGCUUUCAAUUUCAUGGUGAUGUUGAAGUGAAAAAAAAGAAGAGUCUGUCAUCCUCUUUUCCCCAUGAUCAUGGCUGCAGCCCAAUUUCAUUUCCUAAAUUUUUGUCAGUUAAAAACACAAAAAAUGCAAGGUUCUCCUCGUAAAUUUUCUUUCACUCACCUGUUAGCUGCUACCAUUUUUGUGCUCCUCCUCCAAUGUCUGCCAUCCUCAACCGCCCAGCUAUCUCCAAGAGAGACGAGAAUCUUAUUCCAAGCCCGCCAGCUUCUGGAAUUCCCACCCUCGCUCCAAACCUGGACCAACUGGACCAACUUUUGCUUUCUGCCCCAAACUCCUUCCCUCGCCAUAGUCUGCACCGACAACCACGUCACCGAACUAACCAUCGUCGGCAACCGUACCUCGCCGUCCCGAAUCCCAACCCUCUCUCCGGCCAACUUCUCCGUCCCCGGCGGCCCUCUCUCCAAAAAAUUCUCGAUCGACUCCUUCUUCACCGUCCUUACCAAGCUCUCGAGCCUGCAAAAGCUGUCCCUGGUCUCCCUCGGGCUGUGGGGUCCUUUGCCGCCCAAAAUCAACCGCUUCAGAUCCCUCCAGCUCCUCAACCUCAGCGCCAACUUCCUGCUCGGAGAAAUUCCCCAGUCAGUCGCGACCUACCGGAACCUGAAAACCCUCGCCCUCACCGAUAACCUGCUCAACGGCACCGUGCCGGAUCUGCCGCCCCUGGAGGAGCUCGAUCUGAGCAGAAAUUCUCUGGGCCCCAAAUUUCCGUCUCUAGGGACGACCAAUCUCGUUCGCCUCUCGCUCGCGAAUAAUUCGUUCAGAUCUGAAAUCCCGGAGAGUUUGGAAAAACUGAGCCGGCUCAGAGCACUGGACCUGUCGUCCAACAAGCUCCUGGGCCCGAUCCCGUCGUUCCUGUUCUCUCUGCCGGCGCUCGAGCGGGUUAACCUCGCAAGGAACCAGCUGAGCGGCGCGUUCGCGCCCAACGCGACGUGUGGCCGGAAUCUGACUUGGGUGGACGUGUCGAGCAAUCUCCUGAUCGGGAGACUGCCGUCCUGCCUCAGUUCGAAUAGAGCGGUUAGUAUUGUUGUCGCGUGGAACUGUUUUUCAAACACGAGCUCCAAGUAUCAGAGGCAGUACUCGUUCUGCCAGAAGGAGGCGCUGGCGGUGAAGCCGCCGGAGAGGAGGCCGGCCAGGGAGGAGCCGACCCUGAGGCUCGGGAUUGUGCUUGGGAUAAUUGGGGCAAUUAUAGCGGUGCUGGGAGUGGUCGGGUUGCUGGCCGUGGUGGUUUUCAGGUGGGUGAGGAGGAGGAGGAAAGCCGGUGAGUAUAAGUGUGAGAGCUUUGUCAUCGACAAGAAUCCCUUGGGUACUUCUCCAUUAGCAAGGCAUGUGCCGGGGCCGAUGAGGAUGACGUCGCUUGGGCUGCCACCGUAUCACGUUUUCACGCUUGAGGAAAUCGAAGAUGCAACCAAGAAUUUCGACCCCUCCAAUCUAGUAGGAGAAGGAUCACAGGGUCAGCUCUACAAGGGAUGGCUUAGAGAUGGGUCUGUGGUCCUAAUUAAAUGCCUGAAACUGAAACAUAAGCAUUCAUCUCAAGCCCUGCAGCAACACAUGGACAUUAUAUCACGGCUCAGGCAUCGGCAUUUGGUCAGUGUCUUAGGCCACUGUAUUGUGACAUACCAGGACCAUCCUAACACAGCUAGCACUGUAUUUAUUGUGCUCGAAAAUAUUUCCAAUGGCUCUUUGAGUGACCACCUUACCGAUUGGAGGAAGAGGGAGGUCUUGAAAUGGCCGCAGAGAAUGGGAAUAACUAUGGGCAUUGCCAGGGGCAUUCAAUACUUGCAUAAUGGAGGGAUUCUUGGAAAUGACCUGAAAAUCAACAACAUUUUACUGGAUGAGAGUCUCGCGGCAAAAAUUAGCAGCUAUAACAUCAACUUACCGUCUAAGGUGGGGGUUGAAAGCCCACUUAAUGGACAGGGUACCCCAAAUCACUCCAGCAGUGAAAAUCCAGAAAAGGAAGACAUCUAUAAGCUGGGAGUUAUCCUACUCGAGGUUAUGAUCGGUAGACCUACAAACUCUCAGAGCGAACUAGAGGACCUGAAAUUUCAGCUGGAUAGGAGCUUAGCAGAAUCACCAUCAAGACUACGGGACUUAAUUGAUCCCUCCAUGAGAGGGACAUUUGCUUACGAGUCUCUAAAGACGGUAGUUCAAAUAGCGGUAAAUUGCCUGUGCAAGGAUCCUAUUGGUCGGCCGACCAUAGAGGAUGUGCUUUGGCAUAUGCAGUACUCGGUUCAAGUUCAAGAAGGGUGGACGAGUAGUGGGAACCUCAGUGGAAAUCUUAGUGGGAACCUUAGUAACAAGUUUUGACAAUGCAUGUCGAUAAUUUGUUCCAUAUGAUUUUUGCCCACCUCUUGUGUGCCUAACAAGUUUGAUUAAUAAAUGAUGUAAAAAUUGUCAAUUCUCGAAGUCAUAUCGGUUCAACUUUUGAAGAAAAUGUACAAGGAACGAACCGAACUUGAGCCAAAUAGAAGAAUGAAUUCAUAUUCUUAUAACGUAAGUAAAAAAAGUCGGUUCAACUUUUGAAGAAAAUGUACAAGGAAUGAACCGAACUUGAGCCACAACUUUUGAAGAAAAAGUUGA